CUGUCCUGCAAGUGAGGCCUAGAGCGCAAACAUGGCGGAGGAUACGCGGGUUAUUUGCCUAAAUCUCUGCAUUGCCGUACCCUUGUUUUUUGUGGCAUAUUACAUGGUAGCUUCGUUGCUAAGUGGAGCAUUCAAAAUUAGUGACUUCGAUGGCAAGAUGCCCUUUGAUUUCCAGAACUGUUGCAAUAUUAAAGAUGACAAAGAUGUUGCAACUCUGCUCUCUUUGUUACUGACAUACACCCUCACUGCAUUAAUCUUUAUCAUCUUCUUGAGAAAGAGAAUUUGGGAUUAUGCCAUUACAAUAGGAUUUGUUCAUCUUAUUUUGUCCUGUGCUGUCAUGCAGGCUUUCCCGACAAAUUGGGAAUGGUGGAUUGCCUUUUUGUCUUCUGUGCUGUUCAUGGCUUUAUUUGGUGAAGUAGCUGUCAGAUGUUUCCUGAAAAAGAAAACACAGUCAGCAAGUAUCAGUCCUCAAGAAAAUGUGAUCACAUAAUAGUCCUAUAAACUGUUAAAUGUUUAAAGAUAAUUUAUUGUAGAAUUAAAUAACAUACCUUGACAAGGCAGUGAAUAUUUUUAUAGGAAGUUGAAAAGUGCUACAUUUUAUAACAAUGAAGAAGUAGCUAUUUGUAUAUAGGACCACUUUUAACAAGCUUUUAAUGAAAGGAACUAUGUUUACUUUAUGUCUUAACUUAACUUACAAUCAGUAAUAACAAGGUGACAUGGCUUGGUUGUAUUUUAGUUGUCACUGACCUCUAUCGUACUACUGCUGAGUGAUUUCAUUGUUCAGAGAACUGUUGUUUACAGAAAAUUUGUUUUGUUACAUAAAGAUAAUAGAUUAGGAACAGGGCAUUAGGUUGAGAUUGAAAAUUAUUGCAAAGAAGCUUCAUGAACCAUUUGUAGGGAAAUCUUGUGUCAGAAAAUAUCAGUACUUCUCACACAAAGAGGUUUGGUUUCAGCCCUUCUUAUAAAGGUUGCCUCAAAAGUACCAGUAGCUUCUGUGGUUCAUUACACCAUAUGCCUCUCAUGUUUUUUGUUGCAAGAAGUGACUAGUGGUUAUGACAAUUAGUUUCAAUGUAUAAGAUAAAGGGAAUUGUGUGGUUCCUCUUUGUUAUCCUUACUUGUGUUCCUUGCAUAUUUGAUGUACAGAAAUUGUCUUAGUAGGAUAAGGGUAGUCGAGAUCUCUUAGAUUUUGUUGAUCUGGAAACUUAAACCAGAAAUGUUAGCUGACAAAGGUAGCAAGCAAUAUUAAUUGUUUGUUAUUUUCCUUCGUCAACAAAAUGUGAGAGGAACAGAUUUUAGUUGCAUACAGCAACCAGUAUGUAGAUGCUGAGGUUGUAGGAAAGGUUUUAUUGUAAUAUUUAAGUUCUUUGAAAAAGUAUAUUUUGUUUUAAAUCCAGGAAAAGGUAAAGAUAAGAUUAAAACCAGGCAAUUCAAGAGAGUACCUUUAUUAGGCAAAUUGAUUAUCAGCAAGUGAUUUUUAUUAUCAGUACUAAUUAUGUACAAUAAAAUGAUCUCAGACAUGAAUAAUUAAAUAAUAAUAAUAAUAAUUAAAAUAAAGGUCAUAGGAGAAACAAGUUUAUUAUUAAUGGUAUUGUCAUACUUCUUAAGUAAGUCUAAAAGGACACUUUGAUGAAAAAAGG